AUGGACGACACCGAACGACGCAGCGCAAAACGGUCGCGAUUCGACCAGACCGAGCCUGAGCCUCGUCGCUCUCGAUUUGAUCGCAGAUCUCGUUCGCCUCAUGCAAAGAAGCCCGACAACACGCGCGACCGUAGCCCUACGAACAAAGAUGCAGAUAGCGCAGCGACCGAGCCAAAGAGAGCUUCUGAGGACCCUGCAGCAGCCGCAGCUGCCGCCGCCGCCAAGAUUAAUGCGCAAAUACAAGCGAAGAGAGGCGUACAGCAUGUUGACGUUCCGCCCAUCAAGUCGACCUCUUCCGCAUCUCCCGGUCCGGGCCAGAGCCCAGCACCCCCAGCCAACAUCAAUGGUGAAGUCUACGUCUCCGAUGGCGACUACAUCAAGGACAUCGAAGUCAACGACCUGCGAAACCGAUACCUGCUCACCAAAGGAUCUACACAGAAGAUGAUUAAAGAUGAAACCGGAGCUGAUGUCACGACGCGCGGGAACUACUACCCCGACAAGAGCAUGGCGACGCCUACGCACCCGCCCCUGUACCUUCACGUAACGAGUACUUCGAAAGCGGGGCUUGACCUAGCCAUUCAGAAGAUCGAGGAGAUGAUGAAGCAGGAGCUCCCGAAUCUGGUAGACGAGCGUAGGUUUCGACGUCGUGAUCAGGAGCAAGUCGAGCGUGACGAGUUCGGACGCAUCCCUGCUAACUUCGAGCAGCGUAAAUGGCCUGAGGCGAGAAUACCGAUCGAUCUCGAGCCUGUCCAAGGCUUCAACCUAAGAGCUCAAGUUGUUGGACAUGGCGGCUCUUACGUGAAGCAUAUUCAACAAGAGACUGGCUGUCGUGUUCAAAUCAAGGGACGUGGUUCGGGAUAUCUUGAGGCGUCGACUAAUUGUGAGAGUGAUGAUGACAUGUAUCUUCAUGUUGCUGGGCCCGACCCAAACAUGGUGGAGAAAGCCAAGGAGCUUUGCGAAGAUCUACUCGGCAACGUGAAGGAGCAGUACGAAGAGUUCAAAGCUCGUCCGCCCCGACAACACUAUGGUGGUCACGGCGGUGGAGACCGAGGUGGUUACGGUGGCGAUAGAUCCUACGGCGGCGACCGGUCUUAUGGCGAAAGAUCCUACGGUGGCGGCGAUAGAUAUGGUGACAGAUCCGGGAGUCAGAGUCACGCGGGGUCCUACGGCGGCUACGGUGGUUACAACAACUCACCGGCUCCCGGAGCCAAUACCGCUUCACCUGCACCGCCCGGCGCUGGCAGUCCAGCUGCCGCAGCCAGCGAUUAUGCUGCCCAAUACGCCCAGUACGCUCAGCAAUAUGGUGGGCAAGAUCCGUAUGCUGCGUAUGGUGGUUACGCUGCGUACAUGCAGUACUACCAACAAUACUACGCUGCGGCACAAGCUGCCCAGCAGGGCUCGCCGGCCCCUGGAGUGCCUGGUGCUUCAGGCUCUCCCCCUCCGCCUCCUCCAUCUGAAGCUCCUCCGCCGCCGCCCCCUGGAGGAGCUGCGCCCCCUCCGCCGCCUCCCCCUUCGGGUGGUCCUCCUGGUGCUGGAAGUUACGGCGCUGUCCCGCCGCCGCCUGGACUGUGA